AUGGAGGGUGAGCAGGUUCUUCUGAAAAUUUCACCCAUGAAUGGUGUCAUGCGAUUUGGGAAGACGGGUAGGUUGAGGCCAAGGUACAUUGGUCCAUUUGAGAUUCUUCCUAGUGUUGGUGUGGUGGCUUAUGAGUUAGCUUUGCCACCAGGCCUGUCAGGUGUUCAUCCGAUAUUUCAUGUUUCUAUGUUGAAGAGGUACCCUUCAGACGGUUCUUAUAUCAUUCGUUGGGACUCCCUGUUGCUUGAUAAGAAUUUGUCUUAUGAGGAAGAUCCUAUAGCGAUCUUGGAUAGGCAAAUGAGAAAAUUGAGAUCAAAAGAGGUAGCAUCAGUUAAGGCCUCAGGAGAUUGGGAAUCCGGCCCAGCAGACGGAAUUCUGUUGUGGCAGAUGCGCGGUAGCAUACCAUCUUCUGCUGGAGCGGAAGAUGCUGUUCCAGAAUCAUUAAAUGCUUAA